GUGUAGCCGGUCUCAGGCAAAACGGUCACAAAGGAAAGCGGAGCGCUCUGAGGUUUUAAAGCUGAAGACCACGAGAGUCAGACUCCAUCGAAGAGGAUCUUGGACGGCAUGCAAAGUUGUGAAAUUUCGUCAGACAGCACUGAUGAUCCUCUUUUAAGCGACCUACGCACUCAUCGGCAGCCUCGAAUAGUAGUGAUUGGUGCUGGCUUGGCCGGCCUUGCUGCAACUAAGAACCUUCUGAAAAACGGCUUCACGGAUGUCACUGUCCUAGAGGCGUCAGACCACAUCGGCGGGAGAGUUCAAAGUGUUCAGCUCGGUAAAGCGACUUUGGAGCUUGGAGCCACCUGGAUCCAUGGUGCCAACGGGAACCCAGUGUACCACCUGGCAGAGGACAACGGGCUGCUGGAGCACACCACAGAUGAGGAGAGGAGCGUGGGACGCAUCAGCCUGUACACUAAGAAUGGCGUGGCUCACUACCAGACCAACAUCGGCAAGAGGAUCCCCAAAGACCUGGUGGAGGAGUUCAGUGACCUAUACAACGAGGUGUACGAGCUGACUCAGGAGUUCUUCAAGAAUGGGACGCCUGUCUGCGCUGAGAGCCAGAACAGCGUCGGCAUCUUUACGCGGGACGUGGUGCGCAAGAAAAUUAUGUUGUAUCCUGAUGAUUCUGAGAGCACCAAGAAGCUCAAACUGUCCAUGCUUCAACAGUACCUCAAGGUUGAGAGUUGUGAAAGCGGCUCUCCCAGUAUGGAUGAGGUGUCUCUGAGUGAGUUUGGCGAGUGGACAGAGAUCCCUGGUGCACAUUAUGUCAUUCCUGAAGGUUUCAUGAAGGUUGUGGAGCUCCUUGCCCAGGACAUCCCCUCUCGCACCAUCUGCCUUAGCAAACCGGUCCGCUGCAUCCACUGGAACUACUCAGCCCAGCAUCAGAAGGUGAUCGCCAAGAGCAGCGACACCCACCAGGACAACAACCAUAAUGACAACAACCACGGCGUCCAACCUUGCGAGGACCCUUUGUUCCUGGGUCACCCCAUUUACGUGGAGUGUGAGGACGAGGAGUGGAUCACAGCUGACCACGUGAUCAUCACAGCCUCUCUGGGCGUCCUGAAGCAGAACCACGAGGCCAUGUUCACCCCUUCUCUGCCUGAGGACAAAGUGUUCGCCAUCGAGAAGCUGGGCAUCAGCACCACUGAUAAGAUCUUCUUGGAGUUUGAAGAGCCCUUCUGGAGCCCUGAGUGCAACAGCAUCCAGUUUGUGUGGGAGGAUGAGGCUCAGCUAGAACAGCUGGCCUACCCCGAGGAGCUGUGGUACAAGAAGAUCUGUAGGUUUGACGUCCUCUACCCGCCUGAACGCUACGGCUACAUACUGAGCGGCUGGAUCUGCGGACAGGAGGCGCUGUACAUGGAGCGCUGCGAUGACGAAACAGUGGCUGAGACAUGCACUGAGUUGCUGAGGCGCUUUACAGGGAACCCCGACAUUCCUAAGCCCUGGCGUGUCCUGCGCUCCUCGUGGGGCAGUGACCCCUUCAUUCGAGGCUCCUACUCUUUCACCAGGGUGGGAUCCAGUGGUGGGGACUGUGAGAGCCUGGCCACGCCUCUGCCUUAUGCCAACAGCACCAAGGCUCCGCCUCUACAGGUCCUGUUCGCUGGAGAGGCAACCCACAGAAAAUACUAUUCCACUACCCAUGGUGCUUUGCUGUCUGGACAGAGGGAGGCCACUCGGCUAAUAGAGUUGUACCAGGACUUGCACAGAGCUGAAACCACAAAGCCUAAUAUGUCAAAUAUAACAAACCUCUGACUAGUGAAACACAUUACUGUUGAGUUUUACGCAUUUUAUCUUAAUGAUCAAUCUAUACUUUAAAACAUAACUUGGGCAUUAUUUCAUUGAGUAUUGUUUCUAUUGUACUGUAGAAAAAAAAUCAUGCUACAUUUUUAUUUGAGAUGGACUGUUUAAUGGUUGCCAAUGGUGCUGUCAUUUAUUGUCUUUAUUCUGUCAUAAAAAAUAGUUUUAAUCAUUCAUUUGAUGUUUAUAAGAACAACAUCUGUAAUUUUACUUGUUUUUGUAAGUGCCUUCUGUACGUAAUAUUAUGUUCUUUCAAAAUGAGGAAAUGCUCAAUUAAAAUACAGUUUUAACAAAAUAAAAGUGAUAUCAUCAUCUAACAAGACCAGUUGAGUCUUCUUAAUUCAUUAAAAAUAUUAAACACACUAGUUGGAGCCAUCAGUUAUCUCAUCUUCAUACACCUGUCCUCCUGAAUAUUUUACAGGAAAGUACAGGAAAGCUGUUUCCAUACUGUCAACCUUUAAAUCCAGGAGAUCAAGGAAGACGGCGAGUGCACAUGGAAAGAAAAGAAAAGGCUCCAAAGCCAAACAUUCUGUGCAAAGAUAACAGAUGAUGUUGGAAUAGACCUAAACCCAGUCCUCCAUGCAUUAUACUGGUUUAUCAGUUUAAAAUGACAGCAUUUGAAAUGCAACUUCUUUAAAAUAUUCAUCUUUGACGUUUCAAUUCAAUAAAAUUUAGCAAAAUGUAAUUGAAGUAUCAAAGCCGUGAGUAAUAAUAAAGCAGAGUGCUCCUUUUGUGUGUUUCUAUCACCUACAGUAUACAUGAGCAUGUACAGCAUUAGCUGAUCAUGGAGCUAAUUUUAACCACUUUACAUGUUUAUCAUAUACUGGAUUUAUUUCUAAAAAGAAAUGUUGAGAUGUCUAAUAUUUCCUUUGACUCAAGAACAUUUAUAGAAAUAAUUGUGAGAUUCUUAAAAGACACAAUAAGGGAUACAAUAAAAAUGUAGACAUAUUCUAGAAAUUUCAUAGAACUAGUUGACUUCUAUUUUACCUGGUUGAAAUAAUCUAAAUGUUCUGACAUAUUUUUUAUUUGGUUUUAUGAGACUUUAUGACCCAAUAAUAGACAAUGCAAAAAGUUGAUCUUAUUGUUGUAAAAAGUGCAAUAUUUCAUCUAGCAUGUAUAACCUACUGAAGGGCAAGUAGCAACAAAUGCAGAAAAUAGCUUAAAACUGUAUUUGAGGAAAUGAAAUAGUGAUGUAAAUGGUUUUUUUCCACCAUUGCAAUGUCACAAUAUGGCUUUAUUAAAAAACAAAAAAUAAUAUCCUAAAAGCCUUGUCAGAGCUUUACUUGUCACAUUGCUUGCCAUUCACGCUUAUUGUGAAUCCUUUAUUUGGAGAACGUCAAAUUAUUAAGUAGAAAUAAUAUGGAGAACAGUUAAAGUUUAGAGCUGAUGCAUUUUCUGGACAACGACGACAAAUAUCAAGAAGCAUCAGAUAGUAACUUGGUGGAAGAGAAGGAACAGAAAAAAAUAUUGAGAAAGUGACAUGCAUCCAAAAAUGUAACCUGCCAAUGUUAGAGGCAGUGCCAACAUCAUAUAUUUUUCUACUGAAAAACAACCAAUGCUUUAGGCUCUCUAAUCUUGUGUUUAAAAUGUUUGGGGGAAAAACCACAACAACAUAAUUUCGUGUUGGUAUAAAAGUAUUGUGACGGUCCCCGUGUCUACUAAUCAUGCCCUUGUCCCUAGGUGAGUGAUUGCCUGAUGCAGCACACCUGGUCCGAAAGCAGGAGGGCAUAAAGGCCUUGAGCUCAAACGGUGCGGGGCGGGUUAUUCUCCUCACAGGUGGAGUGGUUGUGGUCGUGGGACUUUGCUGCCGGUUCCUUUGCAUUUGGUUUACUUGGGUUUGGCUAACAACAUUUACAUGGACACUACUGAUGUUACUGACUACGUUAUGUUUCUUUAUUAUGUUAAAUAAACACUUUUCUUUAACUUA